AGUACAGUUAAUCAGUCAAUUAAGUAUGGACUUCAUAUCGUUGGUGCUUUGCCUAGUAACUCGUUUCUGAAUUUACAAAAGACCUUCUAUAUCAUGUUUACGGCUGUAUGCCUCUUUUAUCAGACUAUGUACGUGAUUACACAUUUCCUUUCUGAAGGACUCCCACAAUUGUUCGACUGUUUCACUUUAAUUUUUACGUAUAAUUUGUUGUUUGUUAAAUUAACAGUUGCGUCGAUGAACAGUGGUGUGAUAUACGACAUUCUAACGUCAAUGGAGGAAGAUUGUGUAAAAUAUUCUGCAGCCGAUUCAGAGAAUCUUAUACCGAAAACUGCGGACUUUUCACAAAGUUUAACGAAAGCAGUUAUUAUUAUAUACGUGGGAGCCACAACUUUUUAUACAGUCGCAACUCUAGCGACGACCCCACAGGUGAACGAUGCGCUACCUCGACGUCUUCUUUUGAACAUGGAUUUGCCUUUCAACACCAUCGACUCACCGAAUUACGAACUUGUGCUGACUGUACAAAUUAUGAGCAUAAUGAUGACAUCAUAUGCCUACAGUGUUUUCAGCGCUCUCCUUUUGAUCACAGUACUUCACAUGGGAUGUCAGAUAGAUAUAUUGUGCAAUGCAAUGACGGGUAUCGUGUCUUCUAAAGACAAGAAACAAUUUCGGGUCGUGACCGAAAGACAUAAAGAACUCAUCGUGUUUUCGGAGCAAAUUGAACGGAUGUUUACGUACAUAUCUUUCGCCCAACUUAUAUCGAACACUAUAUGUUUGUGCUGUCUAGGAUAUCUUAUUAUAAUAUCACUAGAGAAAGGAAGCAAUGUUGCCCAACUGAUCAAGUUUAUCGUUUGCUAUGUUGUCAUUUGUAUAGAAAUCUUCACAUGUUGUUUCGCUGGAGAAUACCUACGCGUUAAGAACGAAAUGAUUGUUGACGCGGCCUAUCAAAUGACUUGGUACAACAUGCAGCCUUCUAUGAGUCGUCAAGUAAUACUUAUACUUUUACGAUCUCAGAAAGGACUCCAGUUAACUGUCGGAAAAUUUUCAAAUCUUAGCUUAGAGACCUUCACCUGGAUUAUGAAAUCGUCGGCGUCUUACAUGUCUGUAUUCCUUGCGAUGUCUUAAAAGCAACAUCUCCCAAAUUAACCAUCUGUAACGGAUAGUAAUUUAGAAAAUACAAGAAAAUUCGCAGUUCUGAGUGACACCAACAGAAUACCGCUGAACACAUAAAUAGGUUACUUGUUCAUUAUAGUCACGUACUUCACAUGUUCUGGUGCUUUACCUUCUGUCGAAUGUUAAUGUAUCGAAACGAAAUGUUCAAAUAUAAUGAUGUUCGAAAGAUCCACCUAUACUAUAUUCUGUAGCGCAGCGAACUGUUUUCUUGUCAACAGAAUAAAAUCAUUUGCUAUUUUGUUUCUCUGA